AUGUCGAUCGCUAGUAUAAGGGCUCUACUGAGAAGUGCCGUGAGUCUAGCACGCACAAAACCACUCAGAUUCACCAAUUUAAAAGACAUCAAACUACGUCCUCCAAUUCCACCAACAGUUGAAAAUUUCCAAGUGUCACCAGACCAUCCACUUUGGCAAUUCUUCCCCGAGGGUAACCAAACAACAAAUGCCAUACGUGAACAGGAUGAUCUUGACCAUGACUCGCGUGAGUGGACAAGUGCUGAACUCCGCCAAAAGUCAUUUGAAGAUUUGCACCGGUUGUGGUACAUUAUCCUUAAGGAGCGUAAUAUCCUAGCUCGUGAAGUGCGUUUAGCGGAGUCGAUUGGUAUGAGAGAUGUGAAACAAUUCAACAAUAUUGAUUACAAGCUUAUCAAGUCUCUCCGUAGGAUCAAACAAGUGUUGUUGGAGCGCCACAUUGCAUUUGAAAGAAGCCAGGCAUCCCCCUCAGUCCAAGAGGAGAAGAACGAGUACUUGGAAGAGUUUUCAGAAAGGUACUUGAAUGCAGAAGGGAAGGAAAUCGAGGAAAUGGAUGAGAAGUUGGACAGAUUGCAAUAUGCCUUUUUCGGAAUCGAGCCUACCAUGGACAUUGAAACACUCCAAGACGAUAUCGAUGUAAACUUCAUCAAGGGAAUGGAGUAUUCAAGUAACCUCAAAGCACAAAAAUACAAUAAACUCAACCCAGAGAGUGAGUUGGAGUUGCCAUUAAGAGGACCAAUGGAAGAAUUGCCAUUCCUCUUGUUUGACGUUGAAGAUGCUGUUCAACAAGUGAAGGAGUUGAGAGAAUCUGGACAAUCAAGAGAACUUUACAAGAUCGAGACAAUUCCAUUCUUGAGCAAGGCUAUCAAGUCUCAUCUCGAGGGUCAAGAGUGA